AUUCGACGAGCUGCAGCCGCAGAGACAACAUCACAAGCUGCUCCACAAAAAAAAUCCGAGUUUAUAUUGAAGCCUCGCCCACACUUAAGAGAAGAAAGAAAAAAACGGCAAGCACGUGCUAUGUUUAACAAAAGUUAAUCAUAAAUAAAAGCCACUUAGUUUGAAGUGUUAAAAAAAAAGAAACUCAAAAAUUAUUCACAGACAUGUGCGACUAUGACGAUGAACUCUAUCACGAGCGCCUGCCGAAUGUGUGCGGCGCUUUGGGCGCAAAGGCGCGCAGCUGCUGCAGCAUGUCGACCCUCAAGCGCAUGCUACCCAUCUGCAGCUGGCUGCCCCGGUAUAAGCCGAAAUAUCUAAUUGUUGACUUUGUGGCGGGCAUGACUGUGGGCCUGACGGCCGUCACGCAGGGCAUUGCGUAUGGCGCGGUGGCCGGACUGCCGCCCGUCUACGGACUCUACUCAUCAUUUAUGGGCUGCUUUCUGUACAUUCUAUUCGGCACCUGCAAGGAUAUCACAGUGGGUCCCACGGCCAUUAUGUCCAUGAUGAUUUAUCCGCAUGUCGCCGGCAAUCCGGACUUUGCCGUCUUAAUGUGCUUCCUGUCCGGCUGCAUAAUCCUGCUGCUGGGCUUACUGAAUCUCGGCGUUUUGGUGCGUUACAUUUCGGUGCCAGUUACGGCGGGUUUUACUUUGGCCGCCGCCUUGACUGUCGCCAGCGGCCAGAUCAACAAUCUCUUUGGCAUAGAAAGCAAAUCGAAUGAGUUUCUCAGCGCGUGGAUUAACUUUUUCGGCAACAUUCGGGAGACGCGACGCAACGAUGCGAUACUCGGCUGCGGCACGCUCAUUCUGCUGCUCCUCAUGCGAAAAUUGAAGGAUCUGCCAUGUGGCUGCCGGCAGCUGACCAAGUAUUUGUCGCUGUGCCGCAACGUGCUGGCCGUUGUAAUCGGGAUCCUUCUAUGCUAUCUGCUUAGCCGGGAUUCGGAGGAGGAGAUGCCCUUUCGCAUCAGCGAUGAAAUAACGCCGGGUCUGCCGCCCUUUCGUACGCCGCCGUUUCACACAGUCGACGCCGAGGGCCGGCCCCUGAGCUUUGGCGACAUGAUCUCGCAUUUGGGCGGAGCAGUCGCAACCAUUCCUCUGCUGAGCAUAUUGGAGUGCGUCUCGAUUGCGAAGGCUUUCUCCAAGGGCAAGAUUGUGGACGCUUCGCAGGAAAUGAUUGCGCUGGGCUGCUGCAAUCUCUUCAGCAGCUUCUUCUCCUCGAUGCCCAUAACGGGUUCGUUUGCCCGCUCCGCGAUUAACAAUGCGAGCGGCGUGAAGACGCCGCUGGGCGGCGCCUUUACCGGCAUCCUAAUCCUGCUGACUCUCGCCUUUCUGACCUCCACCUUUGCCUACAUACCCAAGGCGACGCUGGCGGCCAUCAUCAUCUCGGCCAUGCUGUUCAUGGUGGAGUAUGACACCAUAGCCGAGAUCUGGCGCGCCAAAAAACGCGACUUGGUGCCUUUUGUGGCGACCGCUUUGAGCUGUUUGUUCUGGUCUUUGGAGUACGGCAUGCUGGUGGGCAUGGCUAUCAACGCCCUCUUCAUACUGGGCAAAAGCAUGACGCCACAGUUUCAGCUCGAAACGCAAAAGCACAAUGGCAUCGAGCUGUGCCUGGCGGAGCUGAAGGGCAACGUGGAUUAUACGGCUGCCGAAUAUUUGAAAACGACAAGUGUCGCUCACGUGACCGAGCAAUUGGGCAUGGUCAGAUUAAUGAUAAUUAAAGGCCCGGAAAUUCGUUCAAUUGAUGCGACAGUGGCGCUGAAUUUAAUAUCUUUGCGCGCUGAUCUGCAGCUGUUGCAUUGCGAGCUCAUCUGCUGGAAUUGGAAUAUUGCGGCGGCGGGCGUUGUCUGCCGGCUGCAAAGGAAGUCACGCAGCAUGUUUUGGUUUACGAAAAGCUUUACGGAGCUAUUAGAAAUGACAGCAAACGGUGGCAACAAUAACUGCGAUCAAAUUGCAUGCGACUUGAGUCAAUAAAAGUGUUUUGCUUAGUACAGUUAAAUAAGUGUUUGACUCGCAAGUAGUCGCCUCGCAAAUACCCUGUAUUAAGAGCUACAACCUAUUUGAGACGUCGUUGGGGGUUGGAUUAACUAAAUGUGUGUGAAGAGAGCAGCAAACAUAUGCUAUUCUACACUUCACCUUAACAGUUUUUCAUUAACGUCGUUUCAUAUGGGACUAAUUAAAGUUUUAUUUUAACAUAGUUAUAAUUAUGUCUGCCAAUUUAUGUAUACAUAUAAAUUAAACAUAACCAUUUUUA